AUGAGGCGGCCUAAUUUGGGGUUUGUCGUCUCCCUGGCGGCCAUCUGGACUAUUUCAGCUGCAGACAAAGCUGCAGCUGAUGCCCAGGAAGCAGCAAAUGCGUAUCUCGCCUCUCUUUCUGUCACCACCGUCUCUGGGCCAAUCUCGGGUAGACCAACAGAUCUGGCGAGUGCUCGUGCCGCAAUAAUAGCUGGAAACUACACUUCUCGGCUACACCAUGAGACAAGACGCCGCUGUCCAGCAAGCUGCGGUACCAGCCUCAAUUCAAGCACUUGGUACGUUUAUCACGACGUCGACCGCCUCAAAGCCUGCAAUGAGACUAUGCUCCUGGACUUUGCCCUAUUCAAUUCUAUCAAUGAUACCAAGUCACACGUCAGUAUUUCUGCGUGCAAAGCAGAUUUACAAUCAUCUGCUGGUGAUAGUAUCGGAUCGGCAACAGCAUGUGCACUCAAGAAUGUGAGGCAGGUCGAAACAAAGUCGCCUGUACAACUUGCUUCAUCGGGCUCUUUAUCAUCGAAGCAUGUAACAGAUGUUAUUGCUGCCCUGGAUCAGCUCCAUGCAUUCUCGACCCUGGCUUCAUCUGGCUGUGAUGAGACUAUCAAGUAUGCGUAUUCUGGAGAGGCUGUUGUUGGCGUUUACGUCGGAUCAGGUCUUGCUGAACAGGGUACUCUCACCGCAGUUCUUGACAAGCUCAGCGAACAAGUCAGGAGUGAUGGUGGUGUCUCAGAGAAUCUACUGGCCCAGAUGUGCAGCAACUCGUCUGCUAGAUACUCUCUAGGUGUUUUUGUCAAUACUCAGCGCCAACUGGGCCUUGUCCAACAGGGUGUACAAACAUGGAAAAACAGUAGUUGCAUAACCACAAUGGAGAAGACUACAUCACAUUGGGAGACUACAACCUAUCUUGCGGCAUCUUUCGCCCACAGCAACUCUUCCGCUCACAAUACAACCGUUGGGUCCCAGCCAAGGGCUAUGUUAGCCCGUGACACCACUUGUCGCACUAUCCAGGUGCAAUUUGGUGACUUAUGUCCUUCAUUGGCCACCGAGUGCGGUAUCUCGUUGGCAGAUUUUGAAAAGUAUAACCCUGGAUCGACCUUUUGUAAUAAUCUGCAGCCAGGCCAGCACGUCUGUUGCGGUGCUGGAACCUUACCAGACUAUUCUGUUAAGCCCGAUUCGAAGGGCAACUGCUAUUCUUACUUGGUUAAGACAGGAGACUCAUGCUCGUAUCUUGCUGCUGCUUAUGACAUAGCGAGCAACGAUCUCAUAGAGUCGUACAAUAAGAAAACAUGGGGCUGGAAUGGUUGUCAGAAAUUGUUUGCUGGCUACAACAUCUGUCUCAGCACUGGCUAUCCUCCCAUGCCUGCCCCGGUUGCUAAUGCUGUCUGCGGACCGCAGGUUAAUGGAACUUCAUCCCCGCCUCCGGGAAGUGAUUUCAGCACCAUGAAUGAGUGCCCUCUAAAUGCAUGCUGUAACAUCUGGGGACAAUGUGGAACAACGGACGACUUCUGUGUUCCAUCCAACUCCAGUACUGGAGCACCUGGCACGGCUGCUCCUAACCAAAAUGGAUGCAUCUCCAACUGUGGCAGCGACAUCAUCUCAUCGGGUGCCCCCAGUGAGAUUUACAACAUUGCAUAUUUUGAGGCCUUUGACUGGCAGCGGCCUUGCUUACACAUGGCAGUCACGGAUAUCGACGUUUCAGCUUACUCUCAUAUACAUUUUUCAUUCGUCACUCUCAACAAAGACUUCUCUAUCAAUAUUACAAGCGUUGCUGAUCAGCUACCCUUGCUUCAGGGAAUGGUUGGAAUCAAACGUAUUGUAUCGAUUGGUGGCUGGGACUUCUCUACCAAUCCAGACACUUACACAAUAUUCCGUGACGCUGUUUCCUCCGAAACAAAUCGGCAAACAUUGGUCACGAACGUUGUUCAAUUUAUAAGUGACUAUGACUUGGAUGGCAUUGACUGGGACUGGGAGUACCCAGAUGAACCCGACAUCCCUGGUAUCCCCAAGGGAUCCGAGACUGAGACGACCGGUUACUUCUUACUGCUCGAUGAACUAAAAUUGAAGAUGCUAGCCGGUAAAACCGUCUCCAUUACUGCUCCAGCAUCUUUUUGGUAUUUACAAUACUUUCCUAUACAAGCUCUGAGUCUCGUUGUCGAUUAUAUAGUCUAUAUGACAUAUGACCUUCAUGGGCAGUGGGAUUAUAGUAACAAGUAUGCAAGCCCGGGGUGCGGUUCAUAUGACCAAGGGCUUGGAAACUGUUUGCGAUCUCACGUUAAUCUCACGGAGACUACCAAUGCUCUUUCUAUGAUCACCAAAGCAGGCGUGCCGUCCAAUAUGAUCGCCGUGGGCGUCAGCAGCUACGGCCGCUCGUUCCAAAUGUCCGCUCCAGGCUGCUGGACUUCACAAUGUACCUACACAGGGCCUGAUUCGGGGGCGUAUCCUGGACUUUGCACGAAUGCGGCUGGCUAUUUGUCCAACUACGAGAUUGGCUUGAUUGUCUCUCAGAACCCUACAGCCCAGCAAUACUGGGACGAGGACUCUUAUUCAAAUAUCGUUGUAUUCAACAACACUCAGUGGGUAGCGUAUAUGAAUGAUACCAACAAAGCUGGCCGGAAGGCUCUUUUCCCACUUAUCGGAUUUCUUGGAAGCGCUGACUGGGCGGUUGACCUUCAAUCCGACAGCGGAAGCGAAUCAGGGUCUGAUUCUGGGUCCUCAUCUAGACAGACCAUCUACAUUGACCCUGCUAUCUGGUCCUCAGUAACUCCUCAGGUGGUUGCUCCGCCAGGUGCAACACUUAUCUGGCCCCCGAUGCCGCUUUCGAGUACUACUACAAUUAGCUUCCCCUUAUGGACCACCUUGAUCGAAUACUCGAGCUUAACAACAGUCACACAGACCUUAACAGGUGGCCUAACAACAGUCUAUCCUUCAUACAUUCUCGGAUCAACACUCACAACUAUUACAAUCCCUCCAGUGACAACCACUCGUAUCCCUGUCUGGGGUGUUUCCCUCAACAUAAGCUCAACAGGUGGACCAAUCUACCUAACAAGUUCCGUGCAACCGCCACCGAUCACUGUUACCGUUACUCCGAUUAUUGGCGGAACCACUUCCAUCAUUGGCGCCACAAAAACUACUACUAGCACUGGAGGGCCUGUCAUAUGGGGCUCACAGACGUAUAUAAGAAGCGACGAGACAGAAACUCUGGGAGGACGCACGACAGUAAUUAAUGGCAAGACUUUACCACCCACUGUGGUCACUGUCACGCCGAAUCCUCAUCCUACAACAACAAACACAAUUCCAGAUCCCAUAAUUAACCCCAAAACACCUAAAUGGACAUCUGGUACGGGAAGCGUUAUCAAACCUACCGCCAAACCAGGAUGCAUUGGCUGUGGCUUGCCGUGCUUGUUUUUUUGUGACCCGGACUGCCCAUCCUGCCCUCCUGGUGUAUUUCCGCCAUCUGGCGGUGGUGGUGAUGAUGGGGAUGAUGACGAAACUUCAACAUCAACUGCACCAACUGCUGCCUAUACACUCCUCCUGGAGCUACCAUUAGCUGAUGACGCAUUUCCUACAGAACUCUCGUCGCCGGAUGAACUAUUGUCUAUGUUUUCUGAUGCACUGUCCUCUCUAAGCUCCGAGGCUGGUCUAUACAGCACUACCACCUCCAGUACCCCAGCAAGUACCAGCAACACGCCAACUUCAUCGAUAGAUAUCGCAACACACACGCCUACGGCGGAUUGUGACUUCUGGGAUAAGGGCUGGGGUUGGAAUUUUGAGAUAUAUAACAUUGACUGGUGGACAUCAGACGGGAGCACCAUUCUAGAGGACCAAGAGAAAGGAUGCGGUGCACUAACAGGCUGGGAAUGGCAUCCCGCAACGGACACUGAUUACGCCUAUGCUUACUUCAAUCUCCCAUUUUUCAUCAAAGAUGGCUGCGUCGAACGGGCAAUUGUCUCAGCUGGUGGCCCUAAGAUUGAGUGCACGGGUCACGGCCUCCUUGGGAAGAAGAGAAGCCGAGUUGAUGAAGAAAAGCACCUGAGUGCCAGGGGUCGCGUCAGAGCCAAAGCUGUGCCUCCUUCGUACUCAGAUGAGGAAAUAAAGGAGUUUCAAAAGGUUUAUGCCCAGAACCAGACGUUUCACCCAUAUUCGGCAAUGAACUGGGGCACCGUUGGGCCAACCGCUACACCGACACCAAUAUCCUUCCCAUAA